AUUCAUGAGGCGCGCGCAGCCCGGCAUGCUAAUGAGGCGGGGCGCGGCGGCUGGCUAGGGAGCUGCUGGGCGGCGGCGGCGGCGAGCUUGGAGCUGCCGGGCGGGAGCGGCGUAGGCGCUGGUAACCGGUCCGCGCGAACCGGGACAUGGAGCCGCCCGGCGGGGCCGCGGGGCCCGGCCGCGGGACCCGGGAUAAGAAGAAGGGCCGGAGUCCAGACGAGCUGCCUACAGCGGGUGGCGACGGCGGCAAAUCCAAGAAAUUUACUCUGAAGCGGCUCAUGGCAGAUGAGUUGGAGAGAUUCACCAGUAUGAGAAUUAAGAAGGAGAAGGAAAAGCCCAAUUCUGCUCAUAGAAAUUCUUCUGCAUCAUAUGGGGAUGAUCCCACAGCACAGUCGUUGCAAGAUGUUUCAGAUGAACAAGUUUUAGUUCUCUUUGAACAGAUGCUGCUGGAUAUGAAUUUGAAUGAAGAAAAACAGCAACCUUUGAGGGAAAAGGACAUCAUCAUUAAGAGGGAGAUGGUGUCCCAAUAUUUGCACACCUCCAAGACUGGUAUGAGCCAAAAGGAGAGCUCCAGGUCUGCCAUGAUGUACAUUCAGGAAUUGAGGUCAGGCUUGCGGGAUAUGCCUCUGCUCAGUUGCCUGGAGUCACUUCGUGUAUCUCUCAACAACAACCCUGUCAGUUGGGUGCAAACUUUUGGUGCUGAGGGCCUGGCCUCCUUAUUAGAUAUCCUUAAACGACUUCAUGAUGAGAAAGAGGAGACUACUGGAAGCUAUGAUAGCCGGAAUAAGCACGAGAUCAUUCGCUGCUUGAAAGCUUUUAUGAACAACAAGUUUGGAAUCAAGACAAUGUUAGAGACGGAAGAAGGAAUUCUACUGCUGGUCAGAGCUAUGGAUCCUGCUGUUCCCAACAUGAUGAUUGAUGCAACUAAGCUGCUUUCUGCUCUGUGUAUCCUGCCACAACCAGAGGACAUGAAUGAAAGGGUUUUGGAGGCGAUGACAGAAAGAGCUGAGAUGGAUGAGGUGGAACGUUUCCAGCCACUGCUGGAUGGAUUAAAAAGUGGGACCUCCAUUGCACUCAAGGUGGGAUGCCUACAGCUGAUCAAUGCUCUCAUUACCCCAGCUGAAGAACUUGACUUCCGGGUUCACAUCCGAAGUGAACUGAUGCGCUUGGGGCUACAUCAGGUGUUGCAGGACCUACGAGAGAUCGAAAAUGAUGAUAUGAGAGUGCAACUAAAUGUGUUUGAUGAACAAGGGGAAGAAGAUUCCUUUGACCUAAAGGGACGGCUGGAUGACAUUCGUAUGGAGAUGGAUGACUUUAAUGAAGUCUUCCAGAUUCUCUUAAACACAGUGAAAGAUUCGAAGGCAGAGCCAUACUUCCUGUCUAUUCUGCAGCACCUACUGUUGGUACGAAAUGACUAUGAGGCCAGACCACAGUAUUAUAAGUUGAUUGAAGAAUGUAUUUCUCAGAUAGUUUUGCACAAGAAUGGGGCUGAUCCUGACUUCAAGUGCCGGCAUCUUCAGGUUGAUAUUGAGGGAUUGAUUGAUCAAAUGAUUGAUAAAACAAAGGUGGAGAAAUCUGAAGCCAAAGCUACAGAGCUGGAAAAAAAGCUGGACUCAGAGUUAACAGCCCGCCAUGAGCUACAGGUGGAAAUAAAAAAGAUGGAAAGUGACUUUGAGCAGAAGCUUCAGGAUCUUCAGGGAGAAAAGGAUACAUUGGAUUCUGAAAAGCAACAAAUUGCCACAGAGAAACAGAACCUAGAAGCAGAGGUGUCCCAGCUCACAGGAGAGGUUGCCAAGCUGUCAAAAGAACUGGAAGAUGCCAAGAAAGAAAUGGCUUCUCUCUCCGCUGCGGUUGUUGCUGUAGCUCCUUCUGCUCCUAGUAGUACUACUGUUCCCCCUGCCCCUUCUUUACCUGGUGACUCUGGCACUGUUAUUCCACCACCACCCCCUCCAUUACCAGGAGUGGUUAGCAUACCACUCCCACCUCCUCUUCCUGGGAGUAUUACCAUUCCUCCUCCACCACCACCCCCUCCUUUGCCUGGGGGUACUGCCAUACCCCCACCCCCUCCUUUGCCUGGAGGUGUUGCCAUACCCCCACCCCCUCCUUUGCCUGGGGGUGCUGCCAUACCCCCACCUCCUCCUUUGCCGCCUGGAGCUGCCAUACCCCCACCUCCUCCUCCCCCUCGUGGUGGUGCCAUAGCCCCACCUCCUCCUCCCUUGCCUGGAGGACCAGGAAUGCCACCUCCGCCUCCCCCUCUUCCUGGUGGUCCUGGAAUCCCUCGUGCCGAGCCUAUAGUAAUUCUUAACACCUGCCUUUAUUCACAGUUUGUGGCUGAGGACCUCUCCCAGGACUGCUUCUGGACAAAGGUGAAGGAGGACCGUUUUGAGAACAAUGAACUUUUCGCCAAACUUACCCAUACCUUCUCUGCCCAGACCAAGACUUCUAAAGCCAAGAAAGACCAGGAAGGUGGAGAAGAAAAGAAAUCUGUGCAAAAGAAGAAAGUAAAAGAGUUAAAAGUGUUGGAUUCAAAGACAGCUCAGAAUCUCUCAAUCUUUUUGGGUUCCUUCCGCAUGCCCUAUCAAGAGAUAAAGAAUGUCAUCCUGGAGGUGAAUGAGGCUGUUCUGACUGAGUCCAUGAUCCAGAACCUCAUUAAGCAGAUGCCAGAGCCAGAGCAGUUAAAAAUGCUUUCCGAACUGAAGGAUGAAUAUGAUGAUCUGGCUGAGUCAGAGCAGUUUGGCGUGGUGAUGGGAACGGUGCCCCGUCUGCGGCCUCGCCUCAAUGCCAUCCUCUUCAAGCUACAAUUCAGUGAACAAGUAGAAAAUAUCAAGCCAGAAAUUGUGUCUGUCACUGCUGCAUGUGAAGAGUUGCACAAGAGUGAGAGCUUUGCCAGCCUCCUAGAGAUUACCUUGCUUGUUGGAAACUAUAUGAAUGCUGGCUCCAGGAAUGCUGGUGCUUUUGGCUUCAAUAUCAGCUUCCUCUGUAAGCUUCGAGACACUAAGUCCACAGAUCAGAAGAUGACGUUGUUGCACUUCUUAGCUGAGCUGUGUGAGAAUGACUAUCCUGAUGUCCUCAAGUUUCCAGAUGAGCUUGCCCAUGUGGAGAAAGCCAGCCGAGUUUCUGCUGAAAACUUGCAAAAGAACCUAGAUCAGAUGAAGAAACAAAUUUCUGAUGUGGAACGUGAUGUUCAGAAUUUUCCAGCUGCCACAGAGGAAAAAGACAAAUUUGUUGAAAAAAUGACUAGCUUUGUGAAGGAUGCACAGGAGCAGUAUAACAAGCUGCGGAUGAUGCAUUCUAAUAUGGAGACUCUCUAUAAGGAGCUGGGUGAUUAUUACCUCUUUGACCCGAAGAAGUUAUCUGUGGAAGAAUUCUUCAUGGAUCUGCACAAUUUUAGGAAUAUGUUUUUGCAAGCAGUCAAGGAGAACCAGAAGCGGCGAGAGACAGAAGAAAAGAUGCGUCGAGCAAAACUAGCCAAGGAGAAGGCAGAGAAAGAACGGCUAGAGAAACAGCAGAAGAGAGAGCAGCUCAUAGACAUGAAUGCAGAGGGCGAUGAGACAGGUGUGAUGGACAGUCUUCUAGAAGCUCUGCAGUCGGGGGCAGCAUUCCGGCGGAAGAGAGGGCCCCGUCAGGCAAACAGGAAGGCCGGCUGUGCAGUUACGGCUGUGCUAGCUACGGAGCUGACCAAGGAUGAUGCCAUGUCUGCUGUUCCUGUCAAGGUGCCCAAGACUAGUGAGGCAGUCCCCACAAUCCUUGAGGAAGACAAGGAGUUAGUAGGCCGUGCAAGCUAAGCUGGGUCCUAUGGCCAUGGCAGCUCCUGAAUGGAGCCCUAGACUGUCCGGCCCUACAGCAUGUGCCUAAAGGCUCAAGGGGAUAUUCCUCUGGGGUGGCCACUCCCACUACCCUGACCCUGUCUUUCUCUCUGGCCUGCUGCUCUCUGAACAUCACAUACAGCUUCAGCCAGAAGAAAAGGGCAGUGUGGGGGAGGCCUGAGCCCAACCCAGCCAACCCUGGCUGUUGUAUUACCAAAGCAGGGUCUAUGUUUGCUGCCUUAACCCUGUCUUCUCUCUGUUACGCAGAGGGCCUCAUCUCAGACAAGGCCCAGCCUGCUUUCUUAGCCCCUGACUUUCUAGAGGGCAGUGGGCUUUCCCUUAGGUCAAUCUUGCUGGAUUUGUGCUUUUCGUUUGUGGUUUCUCUGGCCCUGAGAAUAGCAUGGGGCUUAUGAACCUUUGGACUAGAUUUCUCCUUUCAUUGCUAUCACCUCUGCUCUUCCCUUACCUCUUCUGGCUAUUAUUUAUUAUUAGUGGUAUGGCAUCAGGAGCUGCUCCUAGGGAAGUGGGAAGCAAAUCCCACUCUUACCCCACCUUCUUGGGAAAGGCCUCCCAGUACAAAAAGAUCUGGACCGCUUUACCUGUUUGGCUGUGGCCCAGAGCUUGUCGGCAGGCAGACGGACACUAGCAAUGUGGGGCCUGUGCCCAGCCUGCUGCCAUGCUUUAUGUCUUUGCCUCUCUGGACCCUGUGUACUACCCCCAGGCUACCAAGCCGAGGCCUCUCCUCAUGCCUUCCCCAGAGCUUUGGUGCCUCCCAUCUGGACUAUGGGCUGUAUUGUGACCAUCUCAACACCUCACCCAUCUCCAAGGAAAUGGGAGGUGGAGCCUCCUGGCUGAGAAAUUGUUUUGCAAAUGGAUCUAUUUUUGUAUGUAAAAAAAAUUUUUUUUAAAGCAGACUCUUCCUUCCCCCUUUCCCCUCCAUAAUGUAAGAGGUGUUGAUAGUAAUUUCCAGAGUUCCUGGGGUUUUUCCUGACAGGCCUCAAUCCCCAAGAUGCCCCUGUAUCUUUACCUUAGCCCUCAAGCCUCUGGACCCUCGAGGCCAAGGCAGACUUUCCCAGGAUCAUUUCUGGGCAGGAGAAAUCAAUCUUUUCUCUCUUUGAGCUGGGCCAGGCCUAAGAGUAGCAGGAGGUCUAAGACCACAGAGUUUUUAUAAAAUUAAUAAAUUUAUCAAGCCAAAUGUACAAAUGCUAUUUGGACACUCUGGGUAAGUGGGCACAGGAAGUGCCCCUGCACACUGUAUCCCUACUGUCUUCUGAACAGUGGGCAAACUGAACUGUUUGGUGGUCUCAGCCACAGAAAGCACAAAUUCUUUGGCUUAGGGUGAUAUUUUUGUCCUCUUUGUGCCCCCUGUCAGGUUUCCAUCCCCAGAUAGGGAGAAAGAGUGUGAUACUGUUAGGGUUUAGCCCAGAAGUAUAAUUUGUUUGAGCAAGGGAAGCUUAGGAAACUUGAGUGCAACUACAGGGAGGCCUUGCAGCCAGGGAGGAAGUUUUGGUUGCUAGAACCUCUGUAUGAAGGUGCAAGGGCGGCUCCUCUGAGCUGUUUCUAGGAAAACUCUAGUAAAAGGAGUCCCUUGCAUCCCUGGGUCACCUUGUUCUCCCUGCUCUUGGACAUCUGGAACUUUGACUCUUUUUUAAUCUACUUUUGCUAAGAUGAAUUUAAUAAAAAAGAGGGGGGGACAAAAAUGCAACUCUUUUUCCUUUAUCUCUUGGACUUCUGGGAUAUCAUCACCUCCAGUUGUUGGGUUUGUUUCCAACUGUUAAUAAAGCAUUGAAACAGUA